CGCGCACACACACCGGCGCCCUCCUGCGCCCUUCUCCGCCCCGUUGCCCCCUCCCCCCCCCCUUCUUUCCUCCCUCCGCACCCACGCGCCCGAUGACAUCCCCCCUCCCGGCCGAGCGGCGCCCUGGCCAGCGCCAUGUGCCGGCGCCCCUCGCGCCGGCACCCCCCACCCCGGCUGACGCCGGCCCCGACUGGCGGUACAUCGGCCGGGCCCUGCCGUGGGCCAUCCUGGCCGUCGGGCUGGCGGUGCGCUUCGCCGUCGGCCGGGGCGGUUUCUCCGGCCUCGGCGACCCGCCGAAGCACGGGGACUUCGAGGCCCAGCGCCACUGGAUGGAGAUCACCACCAACCUGCCCCCCCGGCGGUGGUAUCUGAACGACCAUGCGCCCGGGGGUCUGAACGACCCCGCCUACUGGCCGCUGGACUAUCCCCCCCUGUCGGGGUACCUGGCCUUCGCACUGGGGAAGCUAUGUGCGGCCUUUUUCGACCCGGCCUGGGUGGCUGCCGUCUCCUCGCGCGGCACCGAGGCCCCCGGCCUGGUGGCCUUCAUGCGCCUGUCGGUUAUUCUGUGUGACCUGGUGGUCCUUUUCCCGGCCGCCUGGCUGCUGGCUAUGCGGCUCUUCCCCCGGCAUCCCUUCCUCAGGGCGGCCGUCUUCGCCGCUGUCGUCUUCGAGCCGACGCUCAUCAUCUUCGACCACGGGCACUUCCAGUACAAUGGCGUCAUGGUGGGCUUCAUGCUGGCGGCCUUGGGGCUGCUGUUCGAUGAGGCCGGCCCGGCCGGACGCCCGGCCAUCUCGGCCAAGCGCCUGCUCGGCGUGGUGGCCCUCUGCGCGGCGGUCACCUUCAAGCAGAUGGCCCUCUUCUAUACGCUGCCCUUUGCCGGGUUCAUGAUCGGCGCCAGCUGGCGGCAGGCGCACGGCCGACCGGGGCCCUUCGCCGGGCGCUUCCUCCUGCUGGCGGUGGCCGCGCUGGCCGGGCUCCUGGCCCCGGUCUUGCCGCUGGUACUGGACAGCAUGCUGGCCACCGAGGCCAAGGACCACCUCGGCCCGGCGGGCACCGCGCUGGCGGUCCUCCGCCGGGUGUUCCCGGUCGGGCGCGGCCUCUUCGAGGACAAGGUGGCCAACAUCUGGUGUGCCGUGUCGCCGGCCGUCAAGCUGCGCAGCAUGCUGACUCUGCGCCAGGCGGCCACCAUGGCCGCCGGGACCACCCUGCUGCUGUGCCUGCCGGCCUGCCUGGCGGCCGCGCGCCGGCCCACCGGCCUGCGCCUGCUCCAGGCCACCGCCACCGGGGCAUUGAGCUUCUUCCUGGCCAGCUUCCAGGUCCAUGAAAAGAGCAUCCUCAUCGCCGCCAUGCCGGUGGCCGUGCUCAUGUGCCUGCUGGUUUUGGCCGCGGCGGCCCCGGGCCCGCCGGCGGCCGGCCACCCGGCCACGGCAGCCGAUCGGGCCAUCGCCGCGCGCGCCCUCCACACCUUCAUCCACUUUGCCCUGUUCAGCUGCUUCCCGCUGCUCCGGCGCGAUGGCCAGACCUUCGGCUAUGCCGGCCUCCAGGUGGCCUGGCUCGGGCUGGGCCUGCUGCUGCCUUCGACGCGCCCGGCCCCGGGGGCCCCUCGGCCCGGCACCGGCGCCCGGCCGCAGCAGGGCCCCCUCGCCCGAGCGGCCCUGGCGCUGGUGUCGCACCUGUGGCUUCCGGGCCUGAUCGGCAUGGUGGCCGUGCACCUGGCCGACUUGCUCGUCCGGCCGCCGGGCCGCCUGCCCGACCUGUGGACCAUGGCCAUCAUGAUCGGCUCGUGCGGGUGGUUCCUCCUGGUGCAUGCGCUGCUCAGCGUGGCCGACCUUUCCCGGCUGGCCGAGACCGGCCUCCCAUUCCGGAGCACCAGACGCGAUCUCAAGGAUGACUGACACGUCACGUGCCGCCAAUAAAUGCCAUUCCCCGCGAUCAGUCACCGCCUCCAGAACCGGGUCCCAGCGCGAGCGGCCCUGCCUCCGGGCCCCCCCUCCCCCCUGGGCCUUGUCGGCGGCCUCCUCCUCCUCGGGCCGGCCCGGCUGUCUGGCGCCGCGCCGGUGUGCCCCGGCCGGGUGUCGUCGCGCUGUUGCUGGCCGGCUUUCAACCUGCCGCCGGGCCGGCCCGGGGCCGAACCGCGGGAGGGCAUCGACAAUGGGAGGGGGCGGCAUGCGCGCGUGCGCCAACCGCCGCGCGUGGGGCGGGCCUCCGGCGGUGUGUUCCCGGCGGGGCCCUUUCG